GUGGAUAAAUCCUGACAGAGAAAAUUCCUUCUUCAAGUGUUUGUUCGUGAAUUUGUGCAAUAUGUUUUUAGUGUUUUUUUGCGCCGUGUGUCUGGGUUUAUCGACAACCCUGGCGCAGGUCCCAGAUGCCGACGGUAACACGGGACCUGACCCGAGGAAAAUCUACGACUUCAACUUCCAAGCUCCGACGCAUGGACAAAGAGUGGCAUCGGACAUCAAUGGAGAUGUGAGAGGCAGAUACUUUUACACGGAUGAUAUGGGUAUUCAGAGAACCGUUGAUUACACGGCGGGCAAAGACACCGGUUUUGUUGUGCAAAACGACACCCCCGACCCCAACCCCGCCAACGAGGCCUCUUACUACAAACAGAGCAGACCUGGAGCCGCCUUCGGCACCUAUGAGGGCACCAGGGGCUACCUGAGCUCGAAACUCAACGGCGACGGGUCGUACAACUUCAAACUGAGUUCGCCCCACCAGAGUCGCUCGGAGAACAAGGACGUGUUUGGCAGGGUGCAGGGCGAGUACAAGUAUCUGGACACGGACGGAAAAAUGCACUUUGUCCAGUACGAGGCCGGCCCUGACAUUGGCUACAGGGUUCUGAACACAAACGACGGCAAACCGACUCCAGUCGCCGCCGCCUCGACCACGCAAACACGUUACGCUGAAGCUCGGUCUGGACGUGCCUACACCUUGCCGGACGAAGUUUUGGAAGGAGCGUAUUCGGAAUAUUACGGUUCAAAACGGCUGAGCGAGAGUGCAGUCAAAGUGAAGAAUCACGGAGAGAAUACAGGCAAGGAGAACAGCGGUGAUAAGGAAAAGUCCGUGAAAAUCGCUUGGAGCCCCAUCUUAAAAAAACCAACUGGUUUGGAGGGAAAGUUUUUCAAAAAUUCGGCCGAAGAAUACGAGCGCGCGCCGUCAGCAGAUGCUGUUGAUUUCUUCAGCGGUGAAGAUCAGGGAGACUACGACUUUUCAAAUGGAAAGCAACAGAAGCGAAAAAGUCCCUUCAUAAUUACUGUGCCCGAGCCUGUAUUUGCAGCUGCAACCACACAAGUAUUUGAUCAGCACCCUUUCGCUCCUCUCAGCCCGCAAGAGCAAAGUGCUGUGAACAACCUCAAGGACUACACGACUGCUGUGAUUAGAGAGCAAUACAGAGUUGAGGAUUUACCAGAUUCGCGAGUGAGGCAGGACGACGUCAAUCAAAACUAUGCUGCUUCAAAUUUCGCCUCAAGACGCUGGCAUUCAGGAGAGGGCGAAUCGCUGGUCAACAACUUUGACAUUGUGCACCUGAGGAGUCGCCUUUCACCUCACACGCCACGUCUGGCCCAGGUCAUCUCACUCGACUAGAUACUCGUCAGCGCGUGAAAAGCAAGACAAAGCGCUUUGUAAUCCUCAAUCAUGUGUCAUCUUCAUGAACCUUUUUACGAAAUAAAUAUUUACA